GGGUUGGGCCUGGCUCAGCUCAGAGAGGAAGCCCUGCCUGAAAAGGCUGGAGCUUAGGCUGUCACUCUUCAUUCAGCCGAGCAUCUCAUCAAGUCUCCUGUCACUCAGGGCCUAAAGGGGCGGGGCCUUAAACGUUAUCCAGUCAGGGACGCUGGGCUGGAAACCGUCCAAUCAGACACGAAGCUGGAGCGGACAGGGCGGCUUCCGGGUUUGGCGGGUACUUUGUCUCUCGCUGUAGCCAGAGCUGCAGGUCUCGUCUUCCCUCGUCUGUCUCCUCUUCUCCUAGGGGCCCAGCCUCUGUGGCCCUGUGACCUGCAGGUAUUGGGAGAUCCCCAGCUAAGACGCCAGGUCUCCCUGGAAGCUUAAAAAUGGGACCACUGACAAUUAGGGAUGUGACUGUAGAAUUCUCUCUGGAGGAGUGGCAAUGCCUGGACACUGUUCAGCAGAAUUUAUAUAGGGAUGUGAUGUUAGAGAACUACAGAAAUCUGGUCUUCCUGGGUAUUGCUGUCUCUAAGCCAGACCUGAUCACCUGUCUGGAGCAAGGAAAAGAGCCCUGGAAUAUGAAGAGACAUGAGAUGGUAGCCAAACCCCCAGUUAUGUGUUCUCAUAUUGCUGAAGACUUUUGCCCAGAGCGAGACAUAAAAGACUUUCUCCAAAAUGUCAUACUGAGGAGAUAUGAUAAAUGUGAACAUGAGAAUUUACAAUUAAGAAAGGGCUGUAAAAGUGUGGAUGAGUGUAAGGUGUGCAAAGGAGGUUAUAAUGGACUUAACCAAUGUCUGAUAACUACCCAGAGCAAAAUAUAUCAGUGUGAUAAAUAUGUAAAAGUCUUCUAUAAAUUUUCAAAUUCAGAUAGACAUAAGAUAAGACAUACUGAAAAGAAAACUUGCAAAUGUAAAGAAUGUGGCAAAUCAUUUUGCAUGCUUUCCCAACUAACUCGACAUAAGAGAAUUCAUAUUAGAGAGAAUUCCCACAAAUGUGAAGAAUGUGGCAAAGCCUUUAACCAGUCCUCAGCUCUUACUCGACAUAAGAUAACUCAUACUGGAGAGAAACCCUACAAAUGUGAAGAGUGUGGAAAAGCUUUUAACCGGUCUUCACACCUUACUCAACAUAAGAUAAUUCAUACUAGAGAGAAACCCUACAAAUGUGAAGAGUGUGGCAAAGCCUUUAACCGGUCUUCACACAUUACUCAACAUAAGAGAAUUCAUAAUAGAGAGAAGCCCUUCAAAUGUGAUGAAUGUUGCAAAGCCUUUAAGUGGUCCUCAGCUCUUACUACCCUUACUCAACAUAAGAGAAUUCAUACUGGAGAGAAACCCUACAAAUGUGAAGAGUGUGGCAAAGCCUUUAACCAGUCCUCAGCCCUUACUCGACAUAAGAUGAUUCAUACUGGAGAAAAACCCUACAAAUGUGAAGAGUGUGGCAAAGCUUUUAACCGGUCUUCACACCUUACUCAACAUAAGAUAAUUCAUACUAGAGAGAAACCCUACAAAUGUGAAGAGUGUGGAAAAGCCUUUAACCGGUCUUCACACCUUACUAAACAUAAGAGAAUUCAUACUAGAGAGAAGGCCUACAAAUGUGAUGAAUAUUGCAAAGCCUUUAACUGGUCCUCAGCUCUUACUACCCUCACUCAACAUGAGAUAAUUCUUACUGGAGAGAAACCCUACAAAUGUGAAGAGUGUGGGAAAGCCUUUAACCGGUCUUCAUACCUUACUCGACAUAAGAUAAUUCAUACUGGAGAGAAACCCUACAAAUGUGAAGAGUGUGGGAAAGCCUUUAACCAGUCUUCACACCUUACUCAACAUAAGAUAAUUCAUACUGGGGAGAAGCCCUACAAAUGUGAAGAAUGUGGCAAAGCCUUUAACCGGUCUUCACACCUUACUCAACAUAAGGUAAUUCAUACUGGAGAGAAACCCUACAAAUGUGAAGAAUGUGGCAAACCUUUUAAUCGUUUCUCAUACCUUACCGUACAUAAGAGAAUUCAUGCUGGAGAGAACUCCAACAAAUAGUGAAGAAUGUGGCAAAGCUUGUAACCAUUCCUCAAACCUUACUAAACAUAAUUCAUAAUGGAGAAAAACCCCACAAAUGUGAAGAAUGUGUCAAAGCUUUUGACUGUUCCUCUUAUGUUUAGUAAAACAUAAGAGGAUUCAUAAUAGAGAAACCCUACAAAUGUGAAGAAUGUGGCAAACCUUUUAAUCGUUUCUCAUACCUUACCGUACAUAAGAGAAUUCAUGCUGGAGAGAACUCCAACAAAUAAUGAAGAAUGUGGCAAAGCUUGUAACCAUUCCUCAAACCUUACUAAACAUAAUUCAUAAUGGAGAAAAACCCUACAAAUGUGAAGAAUGUGUCAAAGCUUUUGACUGUUCCUCUUAUGUUUAGUAAAACAUAAGAGGAUUCAUAAUAGAGAAACCCUACAAAUGUGAAGAAUGUGGCCUGGCUUUUAACAAAUCCUCAACAUUUACUAAGCACAAAAUAAUUCAUGCUGGAGAGAAACCCUUGAAAUGCCUAGCCUCUACCCAGUUCUCAACUCUUACUAAACAUGAGAACUCAUGUGGAAGACAAAGCCUACAAAUGUGAAGAAUGUGAGAAGGCCUUUAAAAGUUCUCAACCCUUAUUACACAUAAUUUAUACUGGACAGAAAUCCUAGUGUGAAGAAUGUCACAAAGCCCUUAACAAGUCCUCAAUUCUUAACAGAUAUAAGAUGUUUCAUACUGGAGUGAAACUCUACAAUCCUGAUUGAUGUCACAGUGCUUUUAACAAUACCUCAAACUUUUCUAAACAUAAAAAAAAAAAUUAUACUGGUGCAAAACUCUAGAAAUACAAAGAACAUGAAAAACUUUUAAAUGGUUUUCACACUUGAUUGCAGGUAAAAUAAUUUAUACCGGAGAAACUCCAAGUGUGAAGAAUAUAACUUUUAACCAGUGUUCACAACUUAUUGUCCAGGAAAGCAUUUAUAGUUGAGAAAUGGUGUACAAAUAUAAAGAAUGUGGAGAAGUCAUUCAUAUUUGCUCACAUAUUACACAUCAGAGAGUUCAUACUUAAUAAAAGUAUUAUAAAUACAAUUACUAUCAAAUGAUCUUUCAGAAAUAUAAGGCUUUAAAGUGAAGAAGAGUUUAUUCUGAAGACAAACAUUACAAAUAUAAAGGGGGUUGUAGUGCUUUUACUUGUAUCACAGAUUUUAUUGUACACAUUUUAUACUAGAGAAUAACCCUGAAGCAGUUGCUAAAAUUUUGUUCAGCAUUAGGAAAUUUAUGUUGGAGAAGAAUUCAGCAAAUGUAAUGAAUUUGGAAAAACAUUUUUUCCAUAACUAUAGCUUAGAAAAUGCAAGAGCUUAUACUAAAAUAUACUUUUGCAGAUGCAAUAAAUAUGAAGAAAUAUUUCAUUCAAAUUGAGUUUAUAUAAUUAUCAGAGAAUUAACAGUAGAAAUAGCUAAGGCACUGACACUUCAGACAUUACACUAAAUCAGAUUGCUGAGUAUAGAAAAUCCAAAACUACAGUUGGUGAGUAAAUUAAUUUUAUAUAACUAAAAUGAGUAGACAUUUCUUUGAGAAGUCAUAAUUCAAGUAUACUUUUUUGAUAAAAUUAUAAAACUUUUUAAAAGUAAAUAAUGAUGUAAGUCAACUCUCAAAUUACUUCAUGCUGUUUCUUCAUUUCUAUUGUAUUCACCUGUGAAAGCAUGUGAUCAACUAUUGCUGCAUCAGAGAUAUGAGAGAUACUUUAUUAGAUGGGAAUUAUAUACGACCUCUUCUAUAAAAUAGUAAGGACAUUGAAAUAUAAGAUGCAUAAGAGUCUAAGUGAAGAGGCUCUUUGUGGUUAACUUAGUGAUGUAUGAAGUAGUUGCUCAUGUUAUGAGAGAAAAACAUUUUUAAUUUUAGUUAAAUGUAAGUUAAAAUUAAUUAAAAUAGUACCAUAUAAUGUUACUGAUUAUACUUUUAUUUAAUAAAAUGCAGUACAUUUAAAAAUUUUUAGAUUAUGUGUGGACUUAAUUUAUAAUUAAAUAUUUUCUUUUACCACGUUAAGACUGUUGUACAUUCAGGCUGGGCACAGUAGCUCACGCCUGUAAUCCCAACACUUUGGGAGGCUGAGGCGGGCGGAUCAAUGGAGGCCAGGAGUUUGAAAGCAGCCUGGCCAACAUGGUGAAACCCUGUCUCUACUAAAAAUACAAAAAAUUAGCCGGGCAUGGUGGUGGGUGCCUGUAAUCCCAGCUAUUUGGGAGAUUAAGGCAAGAGAAUCACAUGUACCCAGGAGGCAGAGGUUGCAGUGAGCCAAGAUCACGACAUUGCACUCCAGCCUGGGCAACAAUAGCAAGACUUCGUCUC